AUGACUUCGCAAUUAUGGCGCCGUAAAAUCUCAAAUUUUAUUAUUUAUGUGGCAUUGAUAUGGUUUGCUACCAAUUUUUUAAUGUUUUACAAAAAAGUGUUUCUGUCUACAGAAUAUCAAACGGAAAAGCAGAAAGUUAUUCCCCAGUAUCCCGGUGAUAGGGGCACAUCCGUUCAUUUGCCCCUAAAACUAUCAAAGAAAGUUUUAAAACUCAUAAACCAAGGAUGGAUGAACAAUAAGUUCAAUCAAUAUGUUUCGGAUUUGAUACCAUUAAACAGAUCUCUACUGGAUGUUCAAGAUGAAUGGUGUAAGCAACCGGGUCGUUUUCUAAAAGAUUUACCAGUUACCGAUGUUAUUAUAUGUUUUCACAAUGAGGCCUGGUCCACCUUGGUGCGUACUGUACUCUCUGUAAUAAAUCGUUCGCCUGAGCAUUUAAUAAAGCAAAUUAUUCUGGUAGAUGAUUUUUCGGAUAUGGCUCAUCUUAAAGAACCACUUAAUGAAUACUUUGCAUUAUACCCAAAAGUUAAAAUAGUUCGGGCCACAAAAAGAGAGGGUAUAAUACGGUCCAGAUUGCUGGGUAUGAAAUAUUCCACAGCACCAGUAUUAACAUAUUUAGAUUCACAUUGUGAAUGUACAGAAGGUUGGUUGGAGCCCCUGCUCGAUCGCAUAGCUCUCAAUUCUACCACCGUUGUCACACCCUUUAUCGAUACAAUCGAUAAGGAAACUUUUGAAUAUUUGGUUCCUCGUCUUAAAAGUACAAAAUUUCUGGGAGGUUUUACUUGGUAUUUAGAAUACUCAUGGUUUGAAGCUUCCAACGAAAGAAUGAUGAUGCAUCAUAAGAAUGCAAUGGAUCCAUAUUAUACACCCACCAUUGCCGGCGGUUUAUUUUCCAUAGAUCGUAAGUUUUUCGAACAUUUGGGUACCUACGAUUCGGCUUACGAAUAUUGGGGUUCUGAGAAUCUAGAGUUGAGCUUUAAAACAUGGAUGUGUGGUGGCAGAUUGGAAGUGGUUUAUUGCUCGCGGGUGGGUCAUGUAUUUAGGAAUGAGACUCCCUAUAAUUAUCCUUCGGCUAUAGAGGUUAUUGUAAAAAAUGCUAUACGUUUGGCCGAGGUUUGGAUGGAUGAUUAUGCUCAUAUUUAUUAUAAAAUUCUGGGUCAAAAAUUUAAUUUAACAGCUGGCUUGGGUGAUGUUAGUGAUCGUAAACAAUUGCGUAAAAAUUUAGGUUGCAAAAGCUUUAAAUGGUAUUUGGAAAAUGUUUAUCCCGAGAAAUUUGUACCAGUUGCUAUAGGGGCGAUCACUCAAAUUGACACAAAUUUAUGCCUCGAUGCAAUUGAAGCCGUUGGAAAAGUUAAUAUUUUUGAAUGUCAUAAUCAAGGCGGAAAUCAGUUGUGGAUGCUUACUGAUUUAGGGGAAAUUCGUAAAGAAGAAUUUUGCUUAACUGCCAAUGGGACUGAGCCGGUUUUAAAAUCAUGCUUUUAUGGCAAAGAGAAGAGUCACUGGCUGUUCAACAAUGUGACUAAUGUGAUUUCCAACAAAAAUACCAAACAAUGUUUGUCCCUUAGUUCAAAUCGUCGAUACGUUACAAUGGAAACAUGUCGCAAAAAAAGUUGGCGUCAACGGUGGACCUUAAAGUGA